GGCUCACCGACGUCACUGAGUUCGGGGGAAAUUCACAGACGGCGGAGAGUGUGGACAAGGCGGGGGGUCUCUGAAAAAAGGGGGGAGACAGAUUUAUUAAAUGAUAGGUGGUCGGGCAGUGUUUGGCUGGACUCCGCCACGCACUAGGUCGAGAGGUCUUCAUGUUUCCCCUCACUUUUGGGAUUAAGACUGGCGAUGGCCGCCCGGUGCGACGUCCAGAUACAAUUUAGCGCCGCUGUGACACUCAUCGGAUUCCCUGUUGUUGUAGCCUGGAUACCAACUCUUCACGGUCCUCCCCUCUCUCGCACUCGCGCUCUCCCUCUGACAGUGCGUGCUCGGCGUGCACCCGCUGCGUAUGCGUAACAGGAGAGUCCUGUGUAGCGACGGGAGAUCCCACUCCAUUCUUUUGAGACCCACGAUGAAGACGCAUGCAAGGAUUUUCCUUUUUUGACAAUCGAAUAGUGAAUAUUUUAUCUAUAUACCCCACGACCCCACUCACUCUCUCUCGUAUUUGUCCCCCUUUCGGACGUCACUAGUAAGCUACGCCUAUCGUGCGUCAGAGCUGACAUGACGACCGAAGUCCCUCAGCAGCAGCUGGACCCUCCAGCAGCACCACUGAGAUCCAGCCCGUCAUCCGGCGUCCUUCAUCCGACCAUGCUUAGCCAACAUGACGCCACGGAAAGCUCGUCAACCGCCGUCAAGGGGAAAAAGGCCAGCUCCGGGCUGCGGCGGCCGGAGAAGCCCCCCUACUCAUACAUUGCGCUCAUCGUGAUGGCGAUACAGAGCUCCCCCACCAAGAGACUGACUCUCAGUGAGAUUUAUCAGUUUCUCCAGGCUCGGUUCCCCUUCUUCAGGGGCUCCUACCAGGGCUGGAAAAACUCGGUCAGGCACAAUCUUUCGCUCAACGAGUGCUUCAUUAAGCUGCCCAAGGGACUGGGUAGACCCGGGAAAGGUCACUACUGGACUAUCGAUCCGGCCAGUGAGUUCAUGUUCGAAGAAGGUUCGUUUCGCCGCAGACCAAGAGGAUUCAGGAGGAAAUGUCAAGCCCUGAAGCCCAUGUAUCGCAUGAUGAACGGCAUCGGCUUUGGUGCCUCCAUCAUCCCUCAGAGUUUCGAUUUCCAGGCCCCGUCCGCCACCUUCGCGUGCCACAGCAACGGUUAUAAUUUGGAUAUGAUGAGCAACUCGAUGGCCGGGGGGUACGACGGCUUGAGCGGCGGCCACCAUGUUCCCCACAUGUCCCCCAGCCCUGGGUCCACGUACGUGGCCAGCUGCCCCGUGCCAUCAAAUGGUGAAUACGGACCGGACAGCAGCAGUAGUCCAGUGCCAUCCUCUCCGGCCAUGGCCAGCGCGCUGGACGGUCAUUCACAAUACGCCGGCACGUCUGCCCACUGGGCGUCCGGCGGCGGGGCCCCGUAUAUCAAGCAGCAGCCCCUAGCCUCCAGUAGCUCUGCGUCGUCCGGUUUACACUCUGGGAUGUCGCCCUACUCCCUAGAGCAGAGCUACAUCCACCAGAACGCCCGGGACACUCACGCUUCGGACCUUUCAGUCGGGAUCCCGCGGUACCAGAGCCACUCCUCCGUCUGCGACAGAAAAGACUUUUUGUUGAACUUUAACGGAAUCUCCUCCUUCCAUCCAUCGACCAGUGGAUCUUACUAUCACCAUCACCACCACCACCAUCACCAGAGCGUCUGCCAGGACAUCAAACCCUGCGUGAUGUGAACAUUACGAUGGGCUGUUGGAAUAGAGGGGGGGGGGGGGGGGGGGGUCCAGAUUCCCCAUGGGCCUAUUAUCCGCGCACACGCGUUAGCCAGCGGACACUUGUGUCCACCAAGUUACCGCCGGGACAGUCGUCGGCUCACAGGAGAGUAAACAGUUGAACCGAUCACGGAAGAAGACCCAGGCUUGGCAGACGCUAGGGUUUAAGAGUUUUAAGAUUUGUGUUGGCAUAUAGACACCGGUAGCCUACUAUGAUGCAUUGAAGGAACCGAAGGAAGGAAUCCCAGAGGCCCACUACAAAACCACUUGUCCUUAAUGUCCUCUGCUCUGACAAGCGUUUGCUUCCUCAAGAGAAGUUUAAAAACACGACGUUGAUAUGUUUGCUCUUAUAUAACACAUGCAAACACAAAUAUAUCCUGUAUAACGAAUUUCUAUCCUACACACACCAUGCUUAUGGCUAACAUGAACUGCAACACAUUUUGCACUUAUUUGUAUAACCUUUUGAAGUUUUUCAAAUGUUGUCUUUAUCUUCAAUAAAGCUGAUAUAUUUAGGCUGUAAUAAGCCUUUGCUUUACAAUUCUAAUAUAGGCGAUCAAAUGAACUCAUGUCACAAGCAAAUAUACCAUAAGAAACCAUGCUUAAAUUAUUGAGAGAAAUAAAAACCCUAAGGGAUUAGCUCCUGUAAACAUACGGCCUUUAGACUAACUGUUUCAAAAAUUGUGAAACCCAUAAUAUCACCCACUUCACAAAAGCGCCUUCCUGUGCCCAUCGAUGAAUAUUUGCAUGAAUCAUGCAUAAAAGAGAGAAGUGAUAUGCCUUAUAAGGUUGAAGUAACAAUGAAUAACAAGGCUUAUGUAAACGGAACCCCUCAACUGCAAAUCAUGCUACCGUUUUAUAAAAUGUAUCUCGAUUAAAGUUUGGUUACAGUUGCA